AUGUCCGCCUCGGACGCCUCGACCUUACCCACAGACGAGAGCAUGCUCAAGCACCUCUCAUCUUUGGAGUCCAAGCUCUUACCAUAUCUCGAUGCUGCAAACCCGACCUCUCUAGCCCUCACGCAUCUCCUCUACACAUACGUGAGAAGAGGCACCUGCGUCUGCUGCAACAAGGUCGCCGGACUCCAUCACGCGGUGCGGCCGUCCGUCCCAUCGAUCCAUGCAUUCGCAAACCUUUCCAUUCGUCAGCUGGCGGUGAUGUCGAGACGCAAAUUGCUCAGCUUGCUGUGUUCCAUCGCGCGGGAUUGGAUGUGCAGAAAGUGUCUUCGUUCGAAAUCGAUGCCCAUCGAACAGAAGAGCAUUGCACUCGGAUGGGUGAAGGAAACGAGGCGAGUCAUCGCCAUGCUGGAGAGGAGAGAGUGUUUGCAGCAAGGGAAGCCAUGCGUCCGCCACCCCAUUGUCGAUUUGACCAACACACCACAACCACGACCGGAAGCCGGUCCAUGUAUGAUUUGUAUGGACCCUCUGGAUGGCCACCGGAGCGAGAAGGCCUGUUUCCAGUGUGGUAUGGCGAUCCACAAGGAGUGCUUCCGUCAACACCGCGAAUUCGAGGAUCUGAAUCAGCUCGACGCCCCGACGACCGAACGCGAAACUUUGCAUCUUCCAUGCAUCUUCUGUCGCUGCAUUGUAGCUUCAGUACCUCGGAGCGAGGCCGGAAAGACAUGGUGGGAUCGACGCGUGAGAGCAUCCGAGGCCGCCGAUCGAGAGUUUGCCAGGACGCAGCAGGAAAUGUUGGAGACCGAUGAGGGGCUCUGGGGAACGCAACAUUCGAUCAAUGAGGUCUUUGAAGAUGAAUAG